GGGUGAUCUUAGUACAUUCAUAUUAAGAGUGGCACGAAAAAUUUCACCAACUCUCCAACCGCUGACCGUCGUCGUCGACUGUCGUUUGGAUCGGUUGGUCGUGUCGGUGUACGCAAACUAGGUCAAAUGAUGUGUUAGCAUAUAGAGUAGAGAGUUGACGUGAGAAGAAAAUAAAAGCAGUGUGGCAGAAGUGUACGCCUCACUCUGAUUUAUGCUGCGCGCACGAGGGAAAGCUAUCCUGCGAGUCCCCGAAUAUCAUCUAGAAUCAUCGGCUGAGCGGGCCACCUCCAGGCAGGGUUGGGUUGAGAAAAUUCACUUCGCGGCGAUGUCUUUAUUUGUUUGUUGACGUCGCCGUACAAUGGGAGUAGUGAUCUGAAUAGAACGGACACAACUUACAUAUCGGUGAGGUUGUAAAUUUUAGUGACGAAACAAAUUGUGCUUUUUACCAUAGGAAACCAAUUGUGCUAGUGUAUUUUUUUUUAAUUCGAAAUCCAAUGUGAACGUGAAGCUCCAAAUUGCGUGUAAUCCAAAUUAGUUACCGGUGUUCUAAAUUGCUGAGUAACCUGCAAUCAUAUCUCGGGGAAGUGCGGCGACAGAUUAGUGGCUGCCGGUGGUAACAAAUUGAUUCAGUUUAUCAAAAAUUGUGAAGAAGAAGGCAAAGCAAACGCGCUGAAGAGAGCAAAAUGUCGUUUCGUGUUGUGAGAAGUUCAAAAUUUCGGCAUGUUUACGGCCAGGCGCUGAAACGUGAACAAUGCUACGACAACAUCAGAGUCUCCAAAAGCAGCUGGGACUCCACGUUCUGUGCGGUCAAUCCAAAGUUCCUCGCCAUCAUCGUCGAAUCGGCCGGUGGAGGUGCCUUCAUCGUGCUGCCACACAAUAAGGUUGGACGUAUCGCAGCAGAUCAUGCCCUGGUGGGAGGACACAAAGGACCUGUACUGGAUAUUGCAUGGUGUCCACACAACGAUAAUGUGAUCGCUUCCGGAUCAGAAGACUGUGUAGUCAAGGUGUGGCAGAUCCCAGACGGCGGACUGACACGAACCUUAACCGAACCCGUGGUAGAUCUCGUGCACCACCAGCGGCGAGUAGGUCUGGUGUUAUGGCAUCCCUCAGCCCUGAACAUUCUCCUCACGGCCGGAUCAGACAAUCUGAUCGUAAUCUGGAACGUUGGCACCGGUGAGGCGCUGGUGCUGAUCGAAUGCCAUCCGGAUACAAUCUACAGCGCUUGCUGGAACUGGGACGGGUCGCAACUGGUGACCACAUGUAAAGAUAAGAAAAUCCGCAUACUCAACCCCCGGACGGGAGAAAUUCUGACCGAGGCUAUUGCACACGAAGGAUCGAAGGCGACACGUGCAAUAUUUUUACGACACGGACUCAUUUUUACGACUGGCUUCAAUCGAUCCUCGGAACGACAGUAUUCCCUACGAGCGCCGGACGCUUUGGGCGACCCCAUCGUGAUGGUAGAUCUAGAUACAUCCAAUGGAGUGAUGUUCCCGCUGUACGAUCCGGAUACGAAUAUGAUCUACCUGUGCGGUAAAGGCGAUUCGGUCAUUCGGUACUUCGAAGUGACACCAGAGCAACCAUUUGUGCAUUACAUUAAUCAGUUCCAGACACCAGACUCGCAGCGAGCCAUCGGUAUGAUGCCCAAGCGAGGAUGUGAUGUCAGCACCUGCGAACUCGCGCGGUUCUACCGGCUCAACAACGGUGGCCUGUGCCAGGUGAUCUCAAUGAUUGUGCCUCGAAAGAGCGAGCUCUUCCAGGAGGAUCUCUACCCGGAUACGCUCGCCGAUGAGGCGUCCAUAUUGGCGGAAGAAUGGAUCUCUGGGUCAGACGUAGACCCUCAGCUAGUAUCACUAAAAGAUCGUGUUUUCGUUGAAAAGGGUGGAUACGUUUCGCAAUCCCAGAGCACCGUGCUGACGGUAACGAAGAAAUCCAACGUCCUGGACAAAAUGCGUGGACCAAAGAGCUCCUCAGCAGCAGCCACCACGACACCUGCGGUCACAUCCAAUGGAUCCUCCGGCGCAUCCAACGGAACAACGCAAUCGAGCACGUCCAACGCCGUCAGUCACCAAGCGGAGCCAACAGUAGUCAUAAGCGGAGUAUCGGAACAAGCCCUAACUGACCUGCGCAGUAAGUUCGAAGAUGAGUUCAGGAAACUGAAGGCAAUCAUCGUGAAACACGAGAACCGUAUCCGCUCCCUAGAGGCGACCGUGAAGGCCAUGGCCGAUCGGGGAUUAACCGAAACCGAUACGCCCCUGCUCAACACCUCGACGCCUUCACCUACCAUCGCCGGAACGAACCAAUCGGUGGCAAACGCCCACGAUGACCACCAUGGCGACGGCAGUGGCCACUACACCAACACGACCCUAGCCCCGGAUGAAGUGUAAAGAGAUCAAGAUCAAGUGAAAAAGAGAGCAUGAUGCAUCCAGUCAAGAGCACACAACCUGAACAAAUCAAUUGGAAUUGGCAUACUCAAGCAGUGAAUGUACUUGGUAGGUACUGGCAAAGAAAGCAAACUACUUCAUAUUAGAUUGAUGCAUGUGAAACUACAUUAAAAACAAAAACGUGUAAGAACUGUGGCUUAAGCAGGAAACAGAUGCAUGCACCGACACAAGCAAAGAGGAAAACGCGAGCGCUCAAACAAAAGUUUUUUAAAUAUUAUUUUUAAAAUAAUAUAUAAAGUAAAACAAAUUGUGUGAAAAGAAGAAUAUUUAUUUGUAUUGAUUUUUAUUGCAAAACCCAGAGAGAAAGAAAGAAUGUGGUAUCUUCCAAACUCUUAUCAAUUGCGGAGAACAAAAACAAAAUAUUGCCUUGUUGCUUGAAGCUAAAACAACAUACUUAAGAUAGAAAAAAAAACGAAAAAGCCUAUAUGUAAGUGGAACUAAAUCAAACGAAACAACUAAAACCUUUGUAAAUUUAAUAUCAGAAGCAGGAGAAACUUAUUAUAAAUUUACUUUUAUUAGAA